AUGGAUGUCGGCAGCAAAGCCACCGACUACCCUCUAACAGAGACUGCGGCACCUCAACCAGUCCAACAACCCCCAGUGCAGCGUCAAUCAUGGGAACGUGAUCCAGCGCCCAAGCCUGCAUCUGCACCCCUCUCGAAACACGCAACACACCUCUACACCGUCUCCUACCUAAUCUUCUUCUCCUUCCUCGGCACUCUCGCCCGCCUAGGUCUCCAAGCCCUAACAUUCUACUCCGGCGCACCCGUCGUAACAGGCGUGCUAUGGGCAAACGUCAGCGGAAGCCUAGUAAUGGGCUUCCUGAGCGAAGACAAGAACCUCUUCCGCGAAGAGUGGGGCGAGCCCAAGGCUGCAGAUACGGAUGCGAUCACAGCCGCUCAAAAUCAUAAAGCAGUCAAGAAAACUAUCCCACUAUACAUUGGUCUGACGACGGGCUUCUGCGGCUGCUGUACUUCAUUCUCGUCUUUUAUUCGUGAUGUCUUUCUCGCUCUCGCUAAUGCCCUCCCGGAUCCCUCGCUGCCGUCCGGGACAGCUAUCGCAUCCCGGAACGGCGGGUAUAGCUUCAUGGCGCUUGUCGGCGUCAUCUUGCUCACUGUGUCGCUCAGUCUGUCGGCGCUGAUCUUCGGUGCCCACCUAGCUCUUGCUCUGGCGCGUUACACCCCCACCGUGCCGUUUGCGUUCACGAGGCGGGUUUGCGAUCGUCUCGUUGUCGUGCUGGCUUGGGGGUGUUGGCUUGGUGCUGUGUUUCUUGCGAUUUGGCCGCCAGAUCGACAUGAGGGCUCGGAGGUCUGGCGUGGGAGAGCGGUGUUCGCGGUGGUCUUUGCGCCGCUUGGAUGUCUGCUUCGAUUUUAUCUUUCGAUUUAUCUUAAUAGUCGGAUUCCAGCAUUCCCACUGGGUACUUUCACUGCCAAUAUCUUUGGCACGGUCAUUGAAGGGGUUUGCUAUGAUCUGCAGCAUGUCAGUGGCCUUGGGGCGGUGGUUCCUGCUGCGUUGACGGGUUGUCAGGUUUUGCAGGGCGUUAUGGAUGGCUUUUGUGGCAGUGCGACUACUAUCAGUACAUGGGUUGCUGAGUUGAAUGGGCUAUCGCGCCGCCGCCAUGCGUAUGUGUAUGGUGUUACGAGUGUCGUUGUUGCGCUGGGAUUUCUCAUCGUCAUCAUGGGCUCGUUGCUGUGGACGAGUGGAUUUGACGAGCCCGUGUGUGGGUAA